GCAUUGAUCUAAUUGUAACUAAAUAAGAAAUAAAAUAUUGUAUUUUAAAAUAUGUAGCUGAAUCUUAUUUCAAAUAGAUAAUAAAUAAAAUGGGAAAAGUUGCUAAGUCCCUUAAAAGUAGAACUCGCUGCACAAGUUCUCGGUUUGCAGGACUACCAAAUGAUCUUCCUGUUAGCGACCUUCCCACAUUUAAACAAGUUAUACAGUUCAGCUACAAACUCAAUAAACAAUUCACUGAAAAAAAAUUAACUGAUCAACAAAUUGUUUCUCAAAUAAGCAUUAAACUUGUUGAGCUAUGGAGAAAAGUGAACUCUAAACUCCCCUUGAUCCACGAGAGAAGUAUACGGAAAAAACUUGAGUUACUUUUUAAAAAAAUUUUAUGUGCUGAACAUAAAAAAUCAAAAGGGAACAAAUCCAGGAUUGUUUAUUUGGAGAAAAAUUUUGAUUCAUUGUUUGAUUUGUCUGCUUGUAACUGUGAACUACCUGUUGCUAAUUGUGAUGACAGACUGGUUAGAUGUGACAUUAAAGAUUGUUUUAAAAAGCAUAUAUUAUGCAACUGUGAUGAAGAAAAAAAGGUACCAGUAAAUGAAAGGGAGUACCUAAAAGACCAAAGAGCUAAAAAAGGUGGAAAGGGGUCAUUUCAGAUUGGCAAAGUUGAUCAAAAAGGACUAAUCAAAUUAAAGAAUAAACAAGUAAUUGGAGCAUUAUACAAACAAGAGUUUUGUGUGGAAAGUCUUGAAGAAUCAAAUUUAGUGUGUGAUGAUCCUUGUUUUGAUGAUAAUGAUUGUGAUGACGGUGAAAUUAAAUAUGAUCCAGAUUUUUAUGAAGAGAUGUCUACUUUACAUAAUUACAAACACUUGCCUAACUUUGCAAAAGCAGCAAUACGUUAUGGAAUUAGUAACAAUGCCGCUGCUCAUUUAGGUACAGGAUUACUCAUUGACUAUGGCAUAGUAACAGCUGCUGAAAGAACUAAUAUCAUUACAGAAAAGAAAGUUUUUAGUGAGAAGUUUAGAAUAGGAGAACAACUUGAAAUUGAUCAUAGUAAAGAAGUUUUUCAAUUAAAAGUUAUCGGAGUUGAUGAUAAAAAAGAUAAAGAAACGCUUGUUCACACAAUUGCUUACAAUUCAGAAGGUGAGCCAAUUAUAAUACCUGGAAUUGAAAAAGAAGCACAUCUCACAUUUACUGCAGAAAGUGGAACAAAAAAAAGAAAUUAUUUAACACAUAAAAUUAUUACAAGUGGAACUGGAGUUUCUAAAGCAAAUGCAACUAAAGAAGUUCUAACUGAGUUUGACAGCACCGAAACUCUUGAAGCUAUGGUUCUUGACAAUACUAGUUCAAAUACUGGUACAGACAAUGGUCUCGUUGUUAAGCUAGAAAAAUUUAUAAAUAGAAAAUUACAUUUAGUUGGAUGUCAACUCCACCAAAAUGAAUUGCCAUUAAGACAAGUAAUUAUUCUACUUGAUGGAAACACAAAUGAUCCAAAGAAAUAUAAAGGUCCAGUUUGUUCAUCGGUUUCAGAAAAUUCCAUUCAUGAACUCCCUUUAAUAGUUUUUUCUACAAUAAUGUCCGAAGUUCAGUCAUUUGUGGAUGAGCGUGUUGUUUCUGAUUUAAGUAAUGACCAAAGAAAAUUAUAUGAAUACACCAUUGGUAUAUCUACAGGUAAAGUUUCAAAAAAGUAUGCAAUGACAAAACCUGGACCUGUGAACCAUGCAAGAGUUGGUUAUGAUAACGAAGUAUAUAGUCCAAGUAUAUUCUCCAAUUUGGUUUGCUAUAAACGAUCAGGUCGUUAUAAAGAUUCAGCAAAGAUUCUGUUUAAAUUGAUUGAGUUGACUAAGUUGCAAGAUAAAAAGAUACAAGAAGUUGUCUUUAAAAACUUAGCUGGAAAUUCAUUUUGCUGUUUACAGGAGAAUUUUCUCUAUUGCAUGAUAAUGGAUGAUGAGAAAGUAAAUCGCGACAAAGCCAUAGAUCGAAUACUCAUUAUUAGGAAGCUAAAUGAGGAAAAUAAAGAAUUUGUUCCUAAGCUUAAACCCAAAACAAUAAUGAAAAUUGAUUUUGAUUGUAACUGCUGGAUUGAUCUUGUUCAAAUAUGCCAAAUUGAAGUGGAACCUCCUACUACAAUUUAUAUUUCAUCUGUUGAACUGAUAAACGCAAAAGAAUCUGGAGAGAUUUUACCGCUUACAUUUCUUCCAAACAACUCUCAGUCAGUUGAACGUGCAGUUAAGUCAGUAACCGAAGCAUCAAAACUGGUUUAUGGUCUCAAAAAAAGGCACAACUUUAUUCUUACUAAAGACCAGAGUAGGAAAGAAAAUCAUAGAAAUGUUACCAAAAGCAAUUAUUUUGUUCCAAGCAUUUAA